UGUCCUCCCGUCUCUGUCCGUCUCCUCCGGGCUCUCCUGCCGGUCUGUACGGUAGUAGGAACAUGCUUCGGUGGUGACUGUGCAUGGGAAUGUAAGGACCGAGUCCCCCGGUCCUCCUCCGCAGCUCGCCGCUCCUCGCCCCGGUCACCAUGCCUCUGGGAGCCGCUGCAGAUGCCUCGCUCAUCUAACACAGCUGUCCUCUCGGACUAAAGCUAAACACUUCCCGUCUCUGUCCGGCGGCAGAUGUCUUGGCCUCCCUCCCUGCGGUCUGAGGCCCGGUAGAGUUGGGAGGCGGGUGCCCAGUGGCGGCGGCCAUGCGGGCGGCGGUGUCCGGCUGCAGGAUGAGUGUGGGUGCCUUGCUCAACGGGCUACUGGUCUCUGUGGUGGCAGCUCUGCUAUGGAAGUACUCCAAGCUGUUGGAGCACGCCUCGCAGCUGGAGGAGGAGCUGCACAUGACGCAGCAGUCCCAGGAGCUGUCGCAGGCUCGCAUCGACUACCACGUGGCCCUGCAGGCCCUGCAGGAGCACGGCACCCGCAUGGUCUGCACGGGCAAGAUGCACACGGACCGCAUCUGCCGCUUCGACUACCUCUGCUACAGCUCGGAGGCCGAGGAGUUCGUGUUCUUCCACUCCAACUCCUCCGUCAUGCUGCCCAACCUGGGCUCCCGGCGCUUCCAGCCCGCCCUUCUGGACCUGUCUUCAGUGGAGGACCACAACACCCAAUACUUCAACUUCCUAGAGCUCCCGGCUGCAGCGCUGAAAUUUAUGCCCAAACCUGUGUUCGUCCCAGACGUGACGCUAAUCCUGAACAGGUUUAAUCCCGAUAACCUCAUGCAUAUAUUCCACGACGACUUGCUCCCAGCCUUCUACACCAUGAAGCAGUAUUCGGAUUUGAAUAAUGAAGCUCGCCUGGUGUUCAUGGAGGGCUGGGGCGAAGGCCCGCACUUUGACCUCUACCGACUCCUCAGCAGCAAGCAGCCUUUACUCAAAGAGCAGCUGAGGAACUUUGGGAAGCUCAUGUGUUUCACUAAAUCCUACGUUGGUUUGUCCAAAAUGACCACCUGGUACCAGUACGGGUUCGUCCAACCACAAGGGCCCAAAGCCAACAUUUUGGUCUCGGGGAACGAGAUCAGGCAGUUUGCCAUGGCCCUGAUGGAGAAAAUGAACAUCACAACGUCGCAGGAGUCGGAGAAGGAGAAGGACGGAGGAAGUGCCGAGCAGGAGAAAGAAAGAGAGAAGAGCGAUGAGUACAUUGUUGUGUUUAGUCGCUCAACAACGAGGCUUAUCCUGAACGAGGCGGAGCUGAUCAUGGCCAUGGCCCAGGAGUUCCAGAUGAGGGUGGUCACCGUGUCCCUGGACGAGCAGUCCUUCCCCAGCAUCGUCCAGGCGGUCAGCGGGGCGUCCAUGCUGGUCAGCAUGCACGGAGCCCAGCUCAUCACCUCCCUGUUCCUGCCCAGAGGGGCCGUCGUCGUGGAGCUGUUCCCCUUCGCCGUCAACCCGGAGCAGUACGCCCCCUACAAAACCCUGGCCUCCCUCCCGGGCAUGGACCUGCACUACGUCUCCUGGAGGAACACCGAGGAGGAGAACACGGUCACCCACCCGGACCGGCCCUGGGAGCAGGGAGGGAUCGCUCACCUGGGGAAGGACGAGCAGGAGAGGAUCCUGGCCAGCAAGGAAGUCGCCCGGCACCUGUGCUGCCGCAACCCGGAGUGGCUCUUCCGGAUCUACCAGGACACCCUGGUGGACGUCCCGUCUUUCCUGGAGGUGCUCAGAGACGGCAUGAAGUCCAAGCCCAGUACGAAGAAGAACAAGGCGGCCGGCGUGGUCCACCCCGGCCGGGUCAGGGAGGCCCAGUGCCACACGUCGGUGCAGAACACCAACGAGGCCAAGCUCACGGUGGCCUGGCACAUCCCCUGGAAUCUGAAGUACCUGAAAGUGAGGGAGGUGAAGUAUGAGGUGUGGAUCCAGGAGCAGGGGGAGAACACCUACAUGCCGUACAUCCUCCCCCAGCAGAACUACACCUUCUCUGAGAACAUCAAGCCCUUCACCACCUACCUGGUGUGGGUCAGGUGCAUCUUCAACAAGAGCGUGCUGGGACCCUUCGCAGACGUGCUCACGUGCAGGACCUAGCGGGACCUAGCGGCAACGCCGGGGCCGGUUGGUGCCGUGCAGCAACACCGUUUAUCCAGCGGGGGUUGGGAAAGGUCCUUAAGAUAGCUGGUGUCUUAGCCGUGGCACCGGGAUGUUUCCGGCACAGAGUGUACACUGCAAAAACUCAUAAUCUUAACAAGAAUAUUUGUCGUAUUUCUAGUUAAAAUGUCUCAUUUUUAGUCAAACAAAUCUCAUUGCACUUAAAACAAGUGUCAUUA